CUAAAGCACCUUUUAACUCAGUACCUCUCAUGUCGAGCCGUUUUAAAUCCGUCGUAAUGAAGGUUUUGCAGAGAAAUGUGGUUCGUCUAGCCGUCGUUCAGCAUCUCCGCUCGGUUUAUGGAAUAAAAAUCAAAAACUGGAAUAAAAACAGAAACAAACAGACGCCGACGAACACGGUGAAGGUGUUUGGGGUUGCUCUUGAAGGUUUGCCACACUGUCAUGUGUUCGACUACGGAGACGUGCCCUGUUUUAUAGCAGAUGUUUGUACGAGUCUCCUGGAGCAUCUGGACACCGAGGGCCUCUUCAGGAAGUCCGGUUCUGUCGUGCGGGUCAAGAGCCUCAGGGCCAGACUGGAGCAGGGCGAGGACUGUCUGUCCACUGCUCUCCCGCUGGACGUCGCUGGACUUCUGAAGCAGUUUUUCCGGGAGCUUCCCGAACCGGUUCUGACCUCUGACCUCCACAGUGCUUUCCUGAAGGCCCAGGAGCUGCCCACAGAUGAGGAGAGGACCUCGGCCACGGUCCUGCUGUCCUGCGUGCUGCCCGACAGGAAUCUAAACACACUGCGAUACUUCUUCAGUUUCCUGAAGAGCGUCUCACAGCGAUGUGCUGAGAAUAAGAUGGACAGCAGUAAUCUGUCGGUCAUCUUUGCUCCUAAUCUCUUUCACUGUGGAGACGGCGGGGACAAGAUGAGCAGCAGCACAGAGAAGAGACUCAAGCAUCAGGCAUCGGCUGUGCAGCGGCUCAUAGAUAACGCUCAACACCUCGGUGUGGUUCCUCGGUUCCUGAUGGAGAAGGUUCCAGUCAUGUUGGGUUGUGAUGCUGGAGUGUUUUCUCCAUCGUCUGUGUCUCUAGAAGAGAGUAACGCUCACUCAGAACUGAAGAAGAGCAACAGACGCAGUUUAGGAGACAUGGUUAAUGGAGCUCUGAAUAGGUUUAAAACUAGUAGAACCCCAACAAAUACCCCUCAGUCUGAUGGAGCAGUUUUCUCCAAAGCCACUCCUGUCAUCAUGACUCCGAACUCCAAGCGUAAGCUUCCUGGCGAGCCGACACACACUUACGGGUUCUCAAGCAAGAAACGCAGGUCCAUCAAGAAGAACCUGGGCCUGGAGCUGUUCCCAGACGCUCUGUUUGGAGGAGCGUCUACACCUGGAUCAGGUGAGGGAGCUCUGGACUCGUCUCACAGCGGUUUACUGUCUUCUGUGGGCAGAAACACUCGACUGUCCAGCAGCUCUGCCAAGAGGAAGAGCAGACGACUGAGAGACCGCAGAGUUGAAUCGGGGAAGGCAGGCUGUUUCUCGCCCAGAGUCGCUAAGAAAGAGCCUGUGAGGAAAUCUCUGCGUCUGCGCUUCAGUUUGGGCAAAUCCAGCCGAGAGUCUAACGUCAUUACACAUUCACAACUGGGGCCGAAGAGGUCAGAGGUCGUAGGUUUUCGCCUAGCGACACAAGAGAGUUCUGGGUUUCACUUCACCAAGGAGCUCAGUCCGGCUGUCUUGAACCAGAGUCCCUCGAAAGGCUCCAAGUUCAUGAGUAAAUCCGAGGAUAACCUGCUGAUGACGCAGUGUGUUUCUACAGACCACCGGAGCUCAUGGAGCCGAGACACUCCUGACGUCGACCUGAGCUUCCCGAGGGAUUCCUUCUGUGAGACUCCCAUGAGCAUCUGUGUGAAGAGCAGCUCCCGCUCCGAGCCAACCAUCAUCCUGAGCAAACCUGUGAUUCCCAAGAGCCUCUGCUGCGCCUCCAGUGACGACAGCACCUUGGACUCGUUCAGUGAAGACCGCUCUCACACCGGACCCACACUACUGAAGAUCAAUCAAGCUUUCAGUGAAUCUGACAGCGACCUCCACAGCAUCCUUACACAGCAGAACUACGACGAACCGCAAGACAGCCCUUGUGCAAACUCUGACGUGGGUUUAUCUUCGGAAGCCUCACACAAAUCAAUGUCUGAUUCCAGCGGGUUGAAUGAUCACAAUGUGACGUUCGGUCAAAUCGAGAUUGUUCCUUUGUCGCCUCUAUAUAUAGACAGCGCUCUGUUUGACAGCGGACCGAAACGGUUUGCGAACACCAGCUCUAACGGAUCUCUUUGUCUUGAAAAUGAAAGCAACGCUUUCCUAAAAAAUGUCUCUGGAGACUGCAGUCAACUGGUCGACGCUUUAGACAUCCAGAGUCCCGUGGCUUUCAGACUGGAGACGUCCAACAGAGUUCAAUCAACUCCGUAUGCAACAAGAUCCCAAACGAAUGUCAAUACGUCCCUGCUGAGUGAGCUCAAAGAGUCUUUAUUAACAGAUAAGACCGACAGUCCACAGGAUCAAGCAGAGAUGCCACAGAACCCUACUGGAGCCAAUGAAGCACGCCGAAUGAGAGUCGCUGACCAGAUUAAACGCUUCAACAUGAUGACGCUGAAUUCACCCCAAACCAAAGUGGUCCGAUCUCCUCUGAAGCUCCAGCGCACGCCGGUCCGCCAGUCGGUCAGGAGGAUCAACUCUUUGAUCGGAGGCCGGAAGGACACAAGGAUGGGUUGGUGCUCCGCCAGUCAGAGGAAGACUGUGAGUUUAGAAAGUGGUUUGCAAACAUCCUCGAAACCCAAACCUCCAGUUCCUCUGGAGAAACCAGCGGUCAAAGUGCUGGAAGACGUCACCAAUAAGGCCCCAAAGACCAAGUGGGACACCCUCUCAGCCAAUAAUAACGCUGCAAAUGAACGUCCCAAAUCUAUCCUGCUUCAAGUUUCUGAAAACGAUACGAGUUACUAUAGAGGUUCACCUAAAAACCCUGUAACAGAGGGAAGGCUGCUGUCAGCGAUCAAACCCAUUGAUAUAUGAGUCGCCAUUACUUUGAACUCUUUCUUCUGCAGAUGUUUCUGAACUCUGGCAUUCAGGGGUCUUAAUUUAUUUCGCAAAGGUGGGCUUUGACCGUUUUACAGGUGAAUGGUGCAAGUGAUGUUUUUACAUUCUGAAAAUUGCUAAAUUUGUUUCAGUAUAUGGUUUGGAUUUCAGGGUCGCUUGGGUUUGAACGUAAAAACUCAAAUGUACGAGAAGCAAACCCUGAGGUCACAAUAUGAAAUCCAUAGUUUAAAAAUAUGCCUGAUUAUCUAUUAGUUUUGCUGUAAGUGAAAAGACGAGAUCAUGAAAGUGUGAAGAGUGAUGUUUAUCUUAGAAUAGUUCAUGAGUGUAUUUAAAAUAAAAAUGGAUGUUUGUAAAUUAGAUCAGAGAAGGUUGGAUUUGGGAAGUGUCUUAUUUACGGUUAUUUAUGUUUUAUGUAAAAACUAG